AUGGACGACGGUACCAAUCGCCGCACAAAAACAAAAAACAACGGAGCUGGCGGUAAAACAUGUACAACAAACGAAUCUGGGUUGUUCUUCACUCUCAACGCAUUCGGCCAAGAUUAA